CAGCCGCCACGGCAGCGCAGCCGAGCCGCGCUCCGCGCCCGCCGGCCCGAGCGCAGGUGCGGCACAGGAGCCAGCAGGGUCGCUGAGCAGGAGCCAUGUCGGUCAAGCUCACCUUCGUGUCCCCCGGGGACGGGGGUGGCAUCAGCAGGAGCUGCUCCUUCACCGGCUUCAGCACCGUGCAGAGCAGGAAGCUGGGCAAGUCCUUCUGCAGAAGCUCAGUGAGAUCAAGGAUGUCACUGAAGCCCCCCAAGGCCUAUAAUUCCCUGCAGAAGGGGGCACUCAUCUGGGAUCCAAAGCCACUGCAGGUGAAGAAAAUUUUUGAAGCUUUGAAGAAAGGACUUAAUGAGUACCUGGAGGCACACCAGGCUGAGCUGGAUUACCUCUCUGGUCGGCACAAAGAUACAAAAAGGAACUCCAGAUUGGCUUUCUACUACGACCUGGAUAAGCAAAUCCGCUCUGUGGAGAGGUACAUCAGGAAAUUGGAGUUUCACAUCAGCAAGGUAGAGGAGCUCUAUGAAGCUUAUUGCAUCCAGUGCAGGCUGCGGGACGGGGCCACCAACAUGAAACAAGCCUUCUCCCUGUCCCCUGCCACCAAAGCCUCCAGGGAGAGCCUGGUGGAGCUCUACAAGAACGUCCAGGAGUGCACGGAGGACAUGUGCUUCAUAGAGGGAGCUCUGGAGGUGCACUUGGGAGAGUUUCACGUGAAGAUGAAAGGGCUGGUGGGCUUCGCUCGUCUCUGCCCAGGAGAUCAGUACGAGGUGUUCGUGCGACUGGGGCGCCAAAAGUGGAGGCUGAAAGGCAAAAUUGAGACUGAUGACAGCCAAACAUGGGAUGAGGAAGAAAAGAUUUUUAUACCCAAUCUGCAUGAGAAGUUUGAAAUCAAGGUGUGGUGCCUGGCCACGGUCCUGGUGGGGGUGGUGACGUGUGACAGCAUCAGCUUCUUCAGCACCAAGCCCCAGGCCAUCGUGGUGGACAUCACCGAGCUGGGCACCAUCAAGCUGCGCCUGGAGGUGCUCUGGAACCCCUUUGACACAGAGAGCCUGUUUCUGUCUCCUGGAAGCACUGCCAAGUUUUCUGUGGGGAGCAGGAAGAGCUCGCUGUACAACUGGACCCCCCCAAACACGCCCAGCUUCAGAGAGAGGUAUUACCUGUCUGUUUUGCAGCAGAGGCAGAGCCCGGGGGAUGGAGGGGAGGAAGCCCAGCCUCCCAGCAUCCUGAGCUACUUGGCUGCCUGCGACUUCGACGUCCCUGCGAGGAACAAGCCCCACAACCCCGCGGAGACCAGCGAGGGAGACUCGUUCAGCUCCGAGGAUCAGAAAGGGGCGGAAUCCAGAAGUACGACCCCAGCCCCGGACCACAGGAUGCCGCCGCUGGUGAUCAUCCAAGAGAGCGGAGCAGAAGGGCCGCAGCAUCCGCUCCCGGACCACAGCACGCUGGACAUCCUGAAGAAGACCCCGUGUGGGGAUGGAUUCCCACGGAGCCCCUCCAGCCUUGCCCCCCGUCGCCAGGCCCGGGGUGGGCGCGUGGCCGAGCAGGAGACCAGCAGCCAGGAAAGCUGGGGCGGCGCGAGGCCCAUGGACGGGGCUCUGCAGGAGCUGCUGCGCCUGCUGCAGCCGCAGCACGGGGGGCCAGCCCAGCUGCAGCGCCUGCAGGGCCAGGUCGCGUGUCUGAGGGACAAGCUGAAGCUGAAGACACUGCACAAACAUUCCUCUAUGGAGAGUCUGAUGGUGGAGACAGUGCUGGAGAGUUUUGAUUUCCUGAACGCUGACUGCAGUGCUGAUGAGCUGUCCCUGUUUGGGAGUGUGAGGACAGGCAGUGUCAGCACAUACAAUGACAACGUGCUCCAGUCCCUGAGCUGUGACACGAGACCAGAAGCACGGGAUGUAACUACAGGGGAUGACAACCUAGACGUGCUGCUGCUGACACACCUGAGGCUGUGCAAAGGUCUCCUGCAGAAACUGAGGACACCAAACAUAGCCCAGGUGGUCCAGGAGAGCAUUUUGGAAGAGGUGUCAGAGCAGACACGAGUCCUGGGGGAUGUCCUGGAUCUGUCUGUGGAGAAAAUUAUUCAGAAGACUAAAAAGAAGAAGCAAUAUCUGAAAAUCUGGAGUGAUCUCGCAGAGCCUGGCAGCAGCAUCUUGGUGACCUCGGCAGAAAGGUUCCGUCAUGCUCUGAAAUACACAAUGAUGCUCAAAGUGAAGGAGAAGUACCCCAGCCACCUGGAGACAGUGCUGCAGCGGCUGCUGGAGCAGAUCCUCACCUGUGAUGGGUUGCUCCCCUCCUCGCAUUUCCAAACGGAGCCAGUUACUCUGUUCCAGUUCUAUCGUUACCUGGAGAGGCACCACAUCGGCAGCCUGGAGAAACACCUGGCAAAACUCGCUAAAGAAGUGAUGCUGAUCGAGGAGCUGCAGUGCCCCGGCAGGCUGAAGACGCUGAAGAGGCUGAAGGGGAAGCGGCUGGGCCGGCUGCAGCCGCUGCCGCGCACGCUGCGCCUGCUCGGGCUGCUGCAGCUGGACGAGAACCACCGGGUGGGCAAAGCGGCCACGGCCUGCCUGGCCCGGGCCGGCGGCUGCGGCAGCCUCCGGGCACGGGCUGUCCUGUUUUACAGCGAUGCUUUGUCCGGCUGUGACGCCAGGCUGCAGCAGGCUGCGUGCCUGGCUCUGAAGAACCUCAGGGCUGUGGAGAGCAUUGAGCAGGUUGCCCACCUGUGCCAGUCUGAAACAGAGGAAGUCAGGAAUGCAGCCAGGGAAACCACACUGUCCUUUGGGGAACGGGGCCGACAAGCCUUUGAGAAGAUGGACAGGAUCUGCUGUGAGCUGAGAGAAACAGCUCAGGAGGCCGAGAUUGAAAUCACAGUGUUUUAGUAGUGGAAUGUGAGGAGCUGGAUCCUGUUGUCCUCACAGCCACACGGGUACCUGAGGGUUUGGUUUUGUCUGGCUUCCUUCUGUCCUGUCCUGUCCCUGCUCUCUCCUGCCCCAGGACAGGUUUAUUUUCAAAGGGGACAGUUGGUCACCUCCAUGAUGCAGCCUGGAAUGUAUUUUCUGUCUCUCAGCACAUGAUGAAAUAUCAAGUGCUGGACAAAUGAAAACUGGGAUUUCUCAGAAUGUGGAUCCAGGUCUUAACUGGAGUUCAAAUCUCCAUCUUGCUGGAAUUAGCUGCCCCUGCUCCAAUUCUGUCCAAUCUGAUCUGUUUUCCCAGGAAGUGAUGUAUUAAUUUGGCAUUCUCCAAGGAGAGAAAUGAUCACUCUCCCAGACCAACUGCCCUGUCAGUAGAACAAAUCCAGCACCACUGCUUGGUGGUUUCGUUUGCUUGGGCAAUUGAGCUGCAGAAGGAAAACCUGGUAGUCCCCAAGUCACUUUGUAAUUGCUGCAGCUCAGCCAGGGCCAGCAGGGCCUGACAGGCUCUGUAAGAGGUGUGUGCUCAGCUGCAGGGGAUUUGCCAUGUGCAGGUCUGACUGAGGGAGGGACAGGUUUGAUUUUUAAAUUCUGAAUUUAGUCAUAGACCAAGACUUCUCCUCCUGAUCCAGCCCUGGCUGGGCUCAUUCCCCAGCCCUGGCUGGCAGGGUGCCCAUGGGGAGCAGCCUGGCUUCAGGUGCAAUACUUGAAAGGGGUUGGGAUUGUGUGUACAUAUUUAUAUAUAUAUAUAUAUAUACACAUAAAACUUUUCUAUUUGGUAUUUAUUUGUUGGAUUUCAUACUGUUUUCUAAAGUUCUAAUAAACCAUUUGAGACAAA